GCAGGACUUCCGCCGGAAAAUGGGGUGGUCUGGGAAAUCUCAGAGCCGAGUUCCGGUGGGUAUUCUGGCGGGGGUCUCACCGAGUGGGCACCGGUGGCAAUGGCUUGCGCGGCGGCGCGAACUCCGGCGGACCAGGACAGGUUUAUUUGUAUAUAUCCUGCUUAUUUAAAUAACAAGAAGACCAUCGCGGAGGGCCGGCGAAUCCCCGUAAGUAAGGCUGUUGAAAAUCCUACAGCUACAGAGAUUCAAGAUGUGUGCUCAGCAGUUGGACUUAAUGUCUUUCUUGAGAAAAAUAAAAUGUACUCCAGAGAAUGGAAUCGUGAUGCUCAGUACAGGGGCAGAGUCCGGGUCCAACUUAAACAGGAAGAUGGCAGCCUGUGUCUUGUACAGUUCCCAUCACGUAAGUCAGUAAUGUUGUAUGCAGCGGAAAUGAUUCCUAAACUAAAAACAAGGACACAAAAAACAGGAGGUGGUGACCAAAGUCUUCAGCAAGGAGAGGGAAGUAAAAAAGGGAAAGGAAAGAAGAAGAAGUGACCUGGUAUGAGAAGCAAGUAUGUGAUUACUACUGUUAGAGAUAUGAAUGGAGGUUUCUAAUUUGUAUCUGAGAGACACAGGAGCUUUUGGUUUGUAUCAUUUAACUGACUGAACAUUUGUGCCUCCCAACUCCAGCAUCAGAGUUGACAAUGAAAUAAAUUUACAUCAGAAGUUUGCAUCUAGUUCUUUUGCAGUAUAAAAGAAAACAUUUUUUUUGCCUUUCAAUGCAGAGGUUUUGUGGAAGAGAGAAGCUUAUUUUAAAAUGGAUAAUGGACUCCACCAUAAGUUACUUGAAAUCCUGUAUCCUCUAUGUAAAAAACAUGUUUGGAUAAAUGAAUUUAAUAAAAUUUGAAACACAUUUUGUUCCCCUUUUAAGUUAAUGAAAUAAAAUUUGAAACUGACUUUUGUA